UUGCUCAUCCGAAUUACCGUUAUUCUUCUGGGACGGCCGUACAACCCGACCCGAUUACCUGAGAAAAGGAGGAAGACGAAUUUCAGGGUAAGAGAGAGAGAGAGAGAGAGAGAGAGAGAGAGAGAGAGAGAGAAAGGUAUUGUCUUUCUGAGUUUUUGGCGCCAAGUAUUCGGCUUUUGGCCGCCGAUCUCAGCUCGAGAAAUCAGCGCCGUCCGAUCCGGCGAGCUCGUUAAAUUUGCUGAAAAAACCGAAAAGAGCUUCUCGAAAUGUACCAGUGGAGGAAAUUCGAGUUCUUCGAGGAGAAAUUGGCGGGAAAGUGCGCGAUUCCCGAGGAGGUGGAAGGGAAGAUCGAGUGUUGCUCGAGCGGCAGAGGGAAGGUGGUGAUCGGCUGCGACGACGGCACCAUCAGCUUCCUGGACCGCGGCCUCAACUUCAGCUACGGAUUCCAAGCUCACUCCUCCUCCGCGCUCUUCCUUCAGCAGCUCAAGCAACGCAACUAUUUGGUGACAAUUGGAGAAGAUGAACAAAUUACUCCGCAGCAAUCGGCAAUGUGCCUCAAGGUUUUCGACCUGGAUAGAAUGCAGUCCGAGGGCACGAGCUCAAGCACAACGAGCCCUGAUUGCAUUGGAAUCUUGCGGAUAUUCACCAACCAAUUUCCUGAAGCAAAGAUUACAUCAUUUUUGGUACUAGAGGAGGCACCUCCGAUACUGCUUAUAGCUAUUGGCUUGGAUAAUGGUUCGAUUUACUGCAUUAAAGGGGAUAUUGCUCGAGAACGAAUCACCCGGUUUAAGCUUCAGGUGGAAAUCCAUUCUGACAAGAGCCAGUCCUCAAUUACGGGACUGGGGUUCAGAGUGGACGGUCAAGCUCUUCAGUUGUUUGCUGUAACUCCUUCCUCUGUGAGCUUGUUCAUCUUGCAGAAUCAACCCUCAAACACAAGGCGGCAGACCCUAGAUCAGAUUGGAAGUAAUAUGAACAGUGUUGCAAUGAGUGAUCGCUUGGAGUUGAUAAUUGGUCGACCUGAGGCCGUGUAUUUUUAUGAAGUUGAUGGGCGUGGACCAUGUUGGGCUUUUGAAGGAGAAAAGAAAUUUUUAGGGUGGUUUCGUGGAUACCUUCUUUGUGUUAUUGCAGAUCAAAGAAAUAACAGCAACACUUUCAACAUUUAUGACUUGAAGAACCGUUUAAUCGCUCACAGCCUAGCGGUCAAAGAGGUUUCUCACAUGCUUUGUGAAUGGGGUAACAUAAUACUUAUCAUGGCUGACAAAUCAGCUUUGUGCAUUGGGGAGAAGGAUAUGGAGAGCAAGUUAGAUAUGCUCUUUAAGAAGAAUCUUUAUACUGUUGCCAUCAACCUUGUUCAAAGUCAGCAAGCGGAUGCUGCCGCAACUGCAGAAGUGCUGAGAAAGUAUGGGGAUCAUCUAUAUAGCAAGCAAGAUUAUGAUGAGGCAAUGGCACAGUAUAUCCAUACCAUUGGUCACCUCGAGCCUUCUUAUGUGAUACAGAAGUUUCUAGAUGCACAACGAAUCUACAACCUUACAAAUUACUUGGAAAAAUUGCAUGAGAAGGGGCUUGCUUCCAAAGAUCAUACCACUCUUCUACUGAAUUGCUAUACGAAAUUGAAAGAUGUUGACAAACUAAAUGUGUUCAUUAAAAGUGAGGAUGGUGUUGGGGAACAUAAAUUUGAUGUGGAGACUGCAAUAAGAGUCUGCCGUGCCACCAACUACCAUGAGCAUGCAAUGUAUGUUGCUAAAAAGGCUGGGAAGCACGAAUGGUACUUAAAGAUCUUACUUGAAGAUCUUGGCCGAUAUGAGGAAGCUUUGCAAUAUAUUUCAAGCCUUGAACCAAGCCAAGCUGGAGUGACAGUGAAAGAGUAUGGUAAGAUUCUUAUAGAGCACAAGCCUGUGGAAACAAUUGAGAUACUCAUGAGGCUGUGCACUGAGGAUGGUGAAUCAUCCAAGAGAGGAGCCGCUAAUGGUUCAUACCUGACAAUGUUGCCAUCUCCGGUUGAUUUUCUCAACAUCUUCACCCAUCAUCUUCCCUGGCUUAUGGAUUUUCUUGAAAAAUAUACCGACAAGGUCAAGGACUCUCCUGCACAAGUAGAAAUCCAUAACACGCUCUUGGAGUUGUACUUGUCCACUGACUUGAGCUUCCCAUCAAUAUCACAAGCUAGCAAUGGUGAAGAUCUUAAUCUCAGGGCUAGAUCAGGUGCAGCUGCAACAUCAAGAAGCCAGUCCAAUGGGAAAUUGAUUGCUGAUACCAAAGAUUCAAACAAGGAAAAGGACCGUUUUGAAAAGCAACAGAAAGGGCUACGACUUCUUAAGAGUGCAUGGCCAUCUGACCUGGAAUUUCCGCUUUAUGAUGUUGACCUUGCCGUAAUUCUUUGUGAAAUGAAUGCAUUUAAGGAAGGCCUGUUGUAUCUCUAUGAAAAAUUGAAACUGUAUAAAGAGGUGAUUGCUUGCUACAUGCAAGCUCAUGACCAUGAGGGUUUGAUUGAUUGCUGCAAACGACUAGGGGAUUCAGGGAAGGGUGGGGACCCCACUCUUUGGGCAGAUCUGCUAAAAUAUUUUGGUGAACUUGGAGAAGAUUGCUCCAAAGAAGUGAAGGAAGUUUUGACAUAUAUAGAAAGGGAUGACAUAUUGCCUCCUAUUAUUGUUCUUCAAACUUUGUCCAGAAAUCCAUGUCUCACACUCUCUGUCAUUAAGGAUUACAUUGCCAGAAAGCUUGAACAAGAAUCAAAGCUGAUCGAAGAGGACCGUCGAGCAAUUGAAAAGUAUCAGGAAACCACAUCUGCAAUGAGAAACGAAAUUCAGGAUCUUAGGACAAAUGCCAGAAUCUUUCAGCUCAGCAAGUGCACUGCAUGCACUUUCACCCUCGAUCUCCCAGCUGUGCAUUUUAUGUGUAUCCACUCGUUCCAUCAGCGUUGCCUCGGGGAUAAUGAGAAGGAGUGUCCUGUAUGUGCUCCUGAAUACAAAUCUGUUCUCGAAACAAAAAGAAGUCUAGAGCAGAACUCCAAAGAUCAGGAUCGGUUCUUCCAGCAAGUUAAAAGUUCAAAGGAUGGUUUUUCUGUGAUUGCCGAGUAUUUUGGGAAGGGGGUGAUCAGCAAAACCACUAAUGGACCCACAGGUGCUUCUUGAUCGGCAGCAGUUCUUCAAGCUGUGACUUAUGAGGGCUGGGAACUAUAGAAACAUGGGAUGGAGCUGAGCAACUUUGGUUUUUCUUCAAUCGGCAUUUUUCGACUGGGAUUGCUGCUGCUGUUUUGUUUCCUAAAAUUUUCUAGUUAGUGAUAUUUUUUGCAGAUCAAAAUGGUAUAUCCUGAAACAAUUUUGUGGAUCUGCAUUAACUCCAAAAAGAAACCGAAAUUUGUGAGUAGAUGGCAUUGUUCUUUGAUAUUUUAUUUCUAAGUCGGGAGUAAAUGGCAUUGUGAUUAUGGAAAGGCUA